AUGGCCGUCAUGUCGCUGCCGGUGAUUCGGCGCCGGUCGUACGCUACCUUUAAGGCGGCGCACUUUCUCUUUGUGCCCGCGACGCUCUUUGCGGUCUUGCACUGGGGCCCGAUCAUUGCGUGGGUGUUUAUGACUAUGGUCCUGUACAUUGCCAACAAGGUGCUCUCGGCAGCGUUCACAUCGGCACCGGUCGCCGUUGUUCGCGCGGUUGCCCACGACCACGUGCACGCGUGCGAAGGCCGCUCGCGAUGCCAGGACUGGAACCAUCUCGCAAGGUGUGGGGAAGACAUCAACGGUGUCACCGAGCUCGUGUUGGCGACGGCAACAACGUACGCCCCGGUGGCACCCGUUAGCAUCACGUCGGCGCCCGUCACAACGCCCGAGACGCUCGCUGUGCACAUCAAGGUACAAGGACACUGGACGCGGCAGUUGCACGCGUACGUUGCUCAGUGCACACUCGCCGAGACCGACCCGAUUCUGUACGCCGACACGGUGUCGUCGCGCCGGGGGUUGCACCCCGCACCGUUUGAUACGCUUGUGUUUGUCGCGGGUGGCAUUGGCGUGACGCCGCUUCUCGGACUGCUCGUCGACGCGGUGCAUGCGACGCCUGCGAAGGCGAUGCAUUUGGUAUGGCACGUGCGCGACGUGCGUCUUUUGCAUCAAUUCGAGUCCGUUCUCGACAACGUCGUCGCGAAAGCGCCUCGAUUGCACUUGCACGUGACGCAAGCAGCGUCAGAGGCGAUUGACGUCCUGGCCGAGACGACGACGACGGUGUUCGAUCGGGGACUACCUCGUAGGAUGUGGGUCGAAUAG